CUCUUGCUCCAGUCGAGCGUUCAGCUCCCGUCUCUAUUUAUAUCGUAGUCCCUCCCCUCCCCUGUCGCUCGGCAGCUAUUUCCAGCUCCGUGAAGCAGCCCAGUCUGUUUGUAAACGCCGCCGCUCCUCUCCCUCUCUCCUCUCUCCCUCUCUCUAUUUCUCUCUCUCUCUCUCCCUUGCUCUCUCUCUCCCCACACACAGCAAAGCGAAGGUGUGAGCAACAAUCUGAAUGACCAGAGGACAGGAAAACGGAGGCUGGUUUGACUCGAGGCUGUGCGUUUGAACAACUCAACUGGUGUUUGAUAGACUGGAUCAGGACAAGCCAUCGACGCUUCCUCUCUCUCUCUCUCUCUCUCUCUCUCUCUCUCUCUCUCUCGAGGCAUGCAGCCAGUCUCUGGAGUUAGGACAGUCUGAAGCAGAGACCUGCUCAGACACUCGUCAGGAUUGUACAGGACAGCGUGUGCUGUGUGAAAUCUAAGCGAUGUGAUUCCGAGGAGCGUUUUUUAUUCCGAGCGAUCAUGGGACUAGCGGACUAAAUCAACCCCUCGUUACUUUCUCAGCGUGAAUAAACGCACUAAAAGGAAGGCGCCGGGAUUCAAAAAUCUUCCUUUCCCUCAAAGCACCGGCUGUGUAUUUCUCCACACUCAAAUGCUGAUUCGGGUUUGGGACUUUGUCGCGAGUCGUCCCUCGGUGUACCCGUCGGUCUGUGGGCGGUGCCGCUGCCCGGCAUGCUUUUGAAGCCGACUGUGCCGGGGCUGUGCGCCAUGUUGCAGACCAUCUACGAGACCGAGUCGUGUUUCUCUUCAGACAGCACAGCCGGCACCAGCAUGCCCAGCACGGUGGUGGAGGUGAAGAGCUCGCUGCCCUCGGGCAUGCAGAGUCCGGUGGCUGGAGGUGUAGGUGAACAGAGCGGAGGAGGAGGAGGAGGUGGAGGAGGAAGCGGAGGAGGUCCGGUGGACUUGCGUACGGAUCCUCGUCUGAGCGCUCUGAGCGUGAUGGACCCCACGCUGAGGGAACAGCAGCUCCAGCAUGAGCUUCUCCUCCUCAAACAGCAGCAGGAGCUUCAGAAGCAGCUUCUAUUCGCCGAGUUCCAGAAACAGCACGAGGUUCUCACACGCCAGCACGAGGUCCAGCUGCAGGAGCACCUCAAGCAGCAGCAGCAGGAGUUGUUGGCGGCGAAGCGUCAGCAGGAGUUGGAGCAGAAGAGGAAGCUGGAGCAGCAGAGGCACGAGGAGAUGGAGAAACAGAGGCUGGAGCAGCAGCUCAUCAUGCUGAGGAACAAGGAGAAGGGCAAAGAGAGUGCCAUCGCCAGCACUGAGGUGAAACUGAAGCUCCAGGAGUUCCUGCUGAGCAAAAAGGAACCGCCCUCUGGAGGACUGAACCAUUCCUUCCCUCAGAAGUGCUGGGGUGCUCACCACACGUCCAUAGACCAGAGCUCGCCUCCACAGAGUAACACCCCCGGCACGCCCCCUUCUUACAAACUGCCCCCUCUACUGGGAUCAUAUGAGGGCAAAGACGAUUUCCCGCUUCGCAAGACAGCGUCAGAGCCCAAUCUGAAGGUUCGCUCACGGUUAAAACAGAAGGUUGCUGAAAGGAGGAGUAGUCCAUUACUGCGCCGUAAAGACGGCACCGUCAUCAGCACCUUCAAGAAGAGAGCCAUCGAGAUCUCAGUCUCCUCCAUGUGCAGCAGCGCCCCUGGCUCAGGCCCCAGCUCCCCCAACAGCUCCAACAGCGCCAUUGCCGAGAACGGCUCCAGCGGCUCAGUCCCAAAUAUCCACGCCGAGCAGCUGCGUUCCCUGCACCAGUCUCUGAACACAGACGGAGCAGUGAGUCCUCUGAGCCUGUACACGUCUCCGUCUCUGCCCAACAUCUCUCUGGGUCUGCCGGCGAACGCACACAUCACUGCUCCUCAGAAGCUCGGGGUUCAGCCGGAGGCGGAGCGGCAGGUGCAGGGGGUGCGUCAGGGGGGCGUGUUGGGGAAGUUUGGGAGUGGCUCGUCCGUGUCCGUGUGUCUGGACUCGGAGCCUCCGUCUGCCACAAACAGCCACAGCAGCCACAACUCACUACUGCAGCACGUCCUCCUGCUCGAGCAGGCCAGGCAACAGAGCGCGCUGCUCGCAGUACCCAUGUACGGCCAGUCGCCGUUGGUUACGGGUGAACGGGUCUCCAGCAGCAUGAGGACGGUCAGUAAACUGCCUCGACACCGCCCUCUGGCCCGCACGCAGUCGGCUCCGUUACCACAGACCCCACAGGCGCUGCAGCACCUUGUUAUCCAACAGCAGCACCAGCACUUCCUGGAGAAACAGAAACACUACCAGCUCAAUAAGAUCCUCUCCAAAGGGGUGGAGCUCCCACGUCAACCCCCCACCCACCCCGAGGAGACGGAGGAGGAGCUUACGGAGACAGCGGAGAUGCCGGAAGAGUGGGGGGAGGGGCCCGAGCGUGUGAGGGAGAGUCUAAGCAAGGAAAGUUCGGGCGAGACCACGCCCCCUUCUGAGCGUGUGAUCCAGCUAAAAGGCGAGAGCACGGAGAGCGACCUAGAGGAAGAGGACGAUGAAGACGAAGCCAUCGAGCUGAAGGAGUGCGAUGAAGAGGGCGACCCCUACAGGCAGUUCUCGGAGCAGCAGCACCUACAGCAGCUGAACGUGUUCCAGGCGUCUCUGUCCAUCACGGGAAUGCCGCACAGGCCGCUGGGAAGAGCGCAGUCAUCCCCCAUCACCUCCAGUCUUAAAGCCACGCCCAUAGCAGAAUUACCCAUCAAGCACCUCUUCACUACAGGUCUGGUGUACGACACGCUCAUGCUGAAGCACCAGUGCAUGUGCGGGAACACACACAUCCACCCGGAGCACGCAGGACGCAUCCAGAGCGUGUGGUCCAGGCUGCAGGAGACGGGGCUGCUGGGCCGCUGUGAGAGGAUCCGGGGCAGGAAGGCGACCCUGGAUGAGAUCCAGACCGUACACUCAGAGUAUCACACGCUGCUGUAUGGCACCAGCCCCCUCAACCGGCAGAAACUGGACAGCAAGAAACUCUUAGGUCCAAUCACUCAGAAAAUGUACGCUGUUCUGCCAUGUGGAGGCAUCGGGGUGGACAGUGAUACAGUGUGGAACGAGAUGCACUCCUCAGGAGCCGUGCGCAUGGCCGUGGGCUGCGUCAUCGAGCUCGCCUUCAAAGUAGCAGCUGGAGAACUGAAGAACGGGUUUGCCGUCGUCCGUCCCCCGGGUCACCAUGCGGAGGAGUCCACGGCCAUGGGUUUCUGCUUCUUCAACUCGGUGGCUGUUACUGCCAAACUGCUCCAGCAGAAACUGGGCGUGGCCAAAAUCCUCAUUGUAGACUGGGACAUUCACCAUGGUAACGGGACCCAGCAGGCUUUUUACAACGACCCCAAUGUGCUGUAUAUCUCCCUGCAUCGCUAUGACGACGGCAACUUCUUCCCCGGUAGUGGGGCUCCUGAAGAGGUUGGAGUGGGUCCUGGUGUGGGUUUUAAUGUGAACAUAGCGUGGACAGGUGGAGUUGAUCCUCCAAUGGGUGAUGUGGAGUAUCUCACAGCUUUCAGGACGGUGGUGAUGCCUAUCGCUAACGAGUUCUCCCCUGAUGUGGUGCUGGUGUCGGCCGGCUUCGACGCCGUUGAGGGACACCAGUCGCCGCUCGGAGGCUACAACGUCACUGCUAAAUGUUUUGGUCACCUGACCAAGCAGUUGAUGAAGUUAGCCGGUGGACGCGUGGUCCUGGUGCUGGAGGGGGGUCACGACCUCACCGCCAUCUGCGACGCGUCCGAGUCCUGUGUGGCUGCGCUGCUCGGAGACGAGCUGGACCCGCUGCCUCAGUCUGUGCUUCAGCAGAAACCGUGUCCAAAAGCAUCGGCCUCGCUCGAGAGAAUCAUUGAGAUCCAGAGUAAACACUGGUCCUCAGUACAGAGAUUAGCGCCCACGGUGUCUCAGUCUCUGCAGGACGCUCAGCGGCGGGAAAAGGACGAAGCGGACACGGUGACAGCCAUGGCGUCUCUCACCGUGGACACGGAGCACACGGCGUCCUCCUCACAGGGCAGCAGGGCUGCCGAGGAGCCGAUGGAGGAGGAGCCGGUGCUGUAGGAGGGAAAAGUGCCCCGCCCGACGCCGUGGCGUCCACACCCGCUCGGCAGCGACGCUCGCCUCUGAGUCACUCGUCCUUUCCUUCCACGCAGCUCUUUGAUCGGUUCCUUCACUCGUUCUCCAGGUGCUCGAUAACCGUACGCAGAACUCCGCUCCACUCCCACACGAGGAGGAGGAAGAGGAGGAGGAAGAGGACCGCGUGGGCCGCCCAAAACACACCCAGGAGCAGGACCCGCCUUUUUUCCUUUUUUUUCUUUUUUAAAGAAAAGAAAAAACGAUUUAUUUCCCGCUCCUUUCGUGGAACAAGCACAGGGACGACGCUGGGGUGUUGUCAUGGCAACGGAGCAUAACGUGGGAAAAAAAAAACUACAUUUCCUGUACAAGGUGCAAAAAGACACAAAGGAACUCCGAGGAUUUUAACCGCCUCGAACCCUGACCAUCUUCAUGUACACUUUACAAAAGCACACAGACAUGUAUGGACAUUACACAUGUACAGCUCUAGAUGUGUGUGAGUGUGUGAGUGUUUUGUAUUCGUCCGUUUGUGGAGGUGGAACCCGUGACCUUUUUCUGCGCUCAAGGAUGAUGACGUUCGGGAUGUUUCUGUUUAUUUUAUUUUAUUUUAUUUUUGAAUAGUCACAUAACAAUUGCAUACACACUGAUUCACGCACAAACACUCAAGAAGAAAGCACACUGACUCACUCACCGAAUCACUGACUCACUCACAGGACGACUGACUCAAUGAAACACUAACUUACAGGCUGACUCACUGAUUCACUAACCCACCAGGUGACUCACUAAAUCUCUGACUGAUUCACUAAUACAAUGAAUCACUGACUCACUGAUUGACUCACUUAUUUCCCUGACAGGCUCACUGAAUCAUUCUGACUCAGUGAUUCACUGAACUCACUUAUG